GCUUUGGUAAUAACAAUUUCCUUUGUUGUGUUCCUAUUCUUAAUUUUCAAUCUUUAAGUACCAUAAUCUUUUUGUAAAAGCAAAAAGUUUAACUAAAUAAUUUUCAAAAACUUAAUGUUUGUUUAAAUUUACAACCAUGUCCGCUGUCGAACGUUUUGAUGUAGAAAGAGUAGCUAAAAUAUUUCAGGAUUGUUUACAUGAGAACGAUGAUGUGUUGUUGGAUUCAUAUUUAGAGGCUUAUGAAGAAAUCAAUAAAUUUUUCCAUUUAAUGGGUUCUGUAUUCGGAUUUGUUAGUAGUGAUGUGCGUAGUAAAAUCGACAUACUUUGUGAAUACAGGCGAAAGGAAUCAACUGGUGAACGUUUCCUGACAAUUAAAACAAUGAUAACCUAUGAAAAAGGAGAGGAACUUCUUAAGGAUCACAGUUACGUUUCGGGGUCGAGGACACUUCUGCGAUUACAUAGGGGUUUGGAAUUCAUAUACGAGUUUCUAAAACGGUUGUCUGAAUUAAAUGAAUGUGAUAAAACACAUUCUUGUUGCAAGAGUGCAUAUAAUGACACGUUAGCAAAACAUCAUCCAUGGGUGGUAAGAAAAGGAGCUGUAGUUGCUAUGUAUGCGUUACCAACCCAGGGAGAAUUGCUGAAACGUGUUUGCAUAAAUGUGUCACGUGCGAUAGAGGUGCUCCCUGAAAUGCUGCAACAUACUAAAUCGGUAUACGAUCGCAUAGAACUGCUUUAUACUACUCAUGAUUUGCACGAUUUACCCUAAAGUAUCCAUAAUUAUAUAAGCUAAAGUAAUAGAUAUUUUAAAUGUUUUAUGAUGUCAAAAGGGCAUUCCAAAUGGAAACUAUGUAAACUUUGUAAGUCAAUGUUACCUUUUGAAACAGUAUGCAUUCGAGUAAAUCAUUUGCUCGAUACUAUAAAAAAUUGUAUUCAAUUAGUGCUUAGGCUUAAUGUUUAAUUAGGAAAUUUAUAAAAACAAUGAUAAUUAAUGUGUAUCGUAUUU